UCAGGCCCACGAUACCGGGGCGACAGCGAACAGGACCAGGAUGAGGUUCGGUUCUGUGGUUCUACACGUUGAGGGCUGAUAACGGAGCCCCGGUUCCGCAGUUCGGCCUGGUUCUCUGUGUGCUGCGGUUUCAGCGGUUCUGUUGGGUUCUAACAGAAUGUGGAGCAGGACGGACCUAGAAGAUGGAUACGAGUCCAACAAGACAGCCUCCAGUGGUGGUUCUCCAGGAUGGACUCCAGACUCAGCCUGGAGCAGCAGUGGAGGCCGAAGACUCAGCGCCGUGUCUGACAGCGGUGACACCGGCAUCGGGACCUACUGCUCCGACAGCGUGGAAGACGACUCCAGCUGCAGCACCACGCCUCUGUCCUUCCUGCCGCUGUCGCAGCAUCACCUGGACGACGACGGCGUCCCAGUCCUCCCCGUCCUGCCGUCUCCGUCCUCCUCACCCGGAGCCCGGCUCAGAGUGCCAGCGUCCCCCCACAGCUCGGGUCGCUGGGUCCGGUCUCCGCUGGCUGCACCGAGUUGCCUGGACAUGAAGGACCAGCAGCCGAUCCGGAGGUGGUCGUCCCUCACCAAGCUGUCCUCUGACCGGAGGACGUCUGGACUUCAGUCCGGCCCGGAGGGACAAGGUUCUUUGGACCGAGGACUGCUGUACGGCUACAGGAAGGGUUCCAACGUGGACCUUUACCUGCCUCUGUCCUCCUCCUUCAUCUGCAGCAGCUUCCUGCAGCGUUCACCGGGUGCCGGGCCCGGUUACCGGUACGACCGCAGCGGCCGGUCCCCGGGUCUGGAGCCAGACCGGCCCCUGUCCUCGGCUCUGUCCUCCCCGGUCAGACACCACAACUUGGACAUGAACUACGGCGCUCUGCCGGAGGCUCAGGUGUGUCAGGGCGGUGGACAGGUGAGCGGCCUCGGCGUCCCGCUGCCCCCUCCAGCAGACCGACGCUCUCCCAUCCAGCCGGCGGUCCGGACACAGAUGUGGCUCACAGAGCAGAUGGAGUACCGACCCGACGUGGAGCGAGGAGCUGAGCUCGGUACCGAGGUCUAUGGUGGAGACGGGCUGUCACCAUGGCAACCAGGACUCCAGCCAGAACCAGGACUGAACCAGUGGGAGCCACGGGUUUUCUGCAGGUCAGGUGUUUUCUCGACCUGGAUUCCAUCUUUGUGUUUCAGACAGAAGCAGCAGAUUCUGCAGCUUCACGCUCGGAUCAGAGAGAACGAACUGCGAGCUCAGCAGGUUCUGCAGAGUCAGAGAGGCUGGUUGGACGAUCUUCAGGUGACACCGAGCCACAGCUCCUCAGUGCCGUCGUCACAAACCUGCAGGACCAAACUAGAUCCACUUCUGUCGCUCCUUCAGGAUCCGAGAAUGUCCUGCAAACAGUCGAGCAGCAGAAUCUGCUGCGACGAAGACCUGCGAGGAAAACUAGCUGUUGCUGAACUGGAAGUUCUGCAUCUGAACGAGUUCUUCAAGCAGGUCACACAGAAAUACAGCGAAGACGUCCGCAAGCUGGAGGAGAAGAUCAAGACCAGGGAUCGAUACAUCAGCAGCCUGAAGAAGAAGUGUCAGAGAGAAACGGACCAGAACCAGGAGAAGCAGCAGCGCAUAGAAACGCUGGAGAAAUACCUGUCAGACCUGCCCACGCUGGAGGAGGUGCAGGUGCAGCAACAGCAGCAGCAGCAGGUGCAGCUGAGAGUGGAGGAUCUUCAGAAAGCUGUGGUUCUGCUGCAGAGGAGCUUGGAUGAAGGCUCUGCUCUGAUGAAGCAGAAGGAGCUGAAGAUGGAGCUGCAGAACCAGAGAGAGAAGGAACUGAUGGCUUCAGUGCACAGCCUGCAGCAGAAGGUGCAGCAGUGUCUGGAUGAUGGAGUUCGGCUUCCUGUUCAGGACCUGAAGAGACUCGAAGUGGAAAACAGUCAACUGCUGCAACUGCAGAACCACAGCAGCAGGCUGUUUAAACAUCAGAAAGAACAGAUUGACAGACUGACGUCACAGCUGACGGCCACCAGUAGUCGACUGCAGGAGCAGAGAGGAGUUUGUGAUCAGGACAACCUGCCCCCCCCACCCAGAGCCUUCACACAGGAGCAGCGUCCGGCGGAUGAAGCGAUGUGUCCUUGGUCCCACGUGGAGAUCCCAGAGCUGGGCCGGCUGCUGAAGGAGAUGUCCUUGUGUCUGCUGGACCUCCAGGGUCUCUGCAGUAUUCUGGCACAAAGAGCUCAGGGGAAGGAACCAAACCUGACGCUGCUGCUGGGCAUGAAGUCUCUGAGUGUCUCGGCUGAAGACAGCGACUGCGAGGUGAAGGUGGUUGAGGAAGAGCUGAGGUUCAAGCUGCUGGAGGUUGGACAGCUGAGGAGAGACAUCGACGAUCUGAGGAGGAGCAUCUCCGACCGCUACGCCCAGUACAUGGGAGACAGCUGUGUGUCCCAGUGACGCCUCUGAGUUCUGGUUUCUCUGAAGAACCAACUGGCCCGGCUGUCAGAGGGUGUUUUAUGUACUGAAGCUGUGGAGUCUCAGAUAUUUACAACAGAGCUCAGUGAUCGGCUGGACAGAAACCAUAACUUCACAUCUGAACUUGAGCCCUAAAACCUGCCGGCAGGUUUGAAAGGCAUGUUGUUGUUUUUUUCAAAUGUAUUUUUUGCAUUUAUUGUUUUUU